GUACGGAACCGGACACAGGUACAGACUACCUCACAACGUUGAGCGCUGACACUGCAAUGAAUGUGGGUUAAGCCGUGCUCUCGGAAUCAUGCCUUCCAAUGGCGACCAGAAGGCCCUGGCCGCAUCUAUCGCGAACCCGUUUGAUGAUGAACCUCUUCGUGUACAGGAUUCGACUGCGCACGACAUAGCUACACUCCAAGCGAGAUUAAACAAGCAGCUUGGUCCAGAGUUUAUAUCUACAAGAGCGGGUCCAGGAGGCGGGAAGGUGGCAUAUAUAACGGCAGAGAAGGUCAUCAAUCUUGCAAACGACGUCUUUGGUUUCAAUGGUUGGAGUAGCAGCAUACAGCAAGUCCAAAUUGACUUCGUGGACGAGAACACUAGCAAUGGAAAGAUCAGCCUGGGCUUGAGUGUCACGGUGCGGGUAACUCUGAAGGACGGCACAUAUCACGAAGAUAUAGGGUACGGCAGCAUUGAAAAUGCACGAGGCAAGGCAGCAGCAUUUGAGAAGGCUAAGAAAGAGGCUGCCACAGAUGCAAUGAAAAGGGCUUUGCGUACAUUUGGCAAUCUGCUUGGUAAUUGUCUUUAUGACAAAGAUUAUCUUGCCAAGGUCGGGAAGCUGAAAGUCGCGCCUGCGAAAUGGGACGUCGACAAACUUCACAGGCAUCCAGACUAUCGGCCAAAGGAUGAGGCUGUCCCUACACCCUCGAAUUUCAAACAAGAAGCUCUAGUGAGAACGCGAACGAAUCAAUCGACAGGCUCCAUGGACUUUGAAGAUGAGCUUGGGGGCAGUCUUUUCGACGAAGUGGAGGUCAGUGAGGUACAUGGAGACGAAGUCUCGAUGCAGACAGUCUCGGAUGGGGAGAACCUCGCGAACAUGUCAAGUACGUCCAAGCAGGCUUCUAGAUCCAUGGCGCCUCCCCAAAGAAAUCAUAUGUCACGCAUGCAAUCCAUGCCUGCGUUGCAGACUGCCCAACCUGUACAAGGUCAGACUCAUGCUCAGGAAGAUCCCUUUGCGGAACAGAAACAUCAAGCUAGGAUGGCAGCAAUGGCCCGGAGGGCGGCGUUCCAGCUGUCGACAGAUCAUGGCGUUGUAGUGCGCCCUCCACAGCAAGCGACAUAUCAUCAAAACCCAGCCCAGAAUACAGCAGCAACCCCAACAAUUGUGUCAAAACAAGGUCAGGCUGAGUCCAAGGACAACUCAUCAUCCGCGGGAAAUCACAACGCAGGUGCUAACCCUGGUCCUGUUCAAAAUACUCCAGAACAGCAACCUCCUCCGGCUGCUAACGUAAAUGCCGGCUUGCCAGUGUUUGUAUCAUCACGAGCUGCAGCAAUGCUGCAGCAACCCACGGCAGAGUCCCCGAAAACUUUACCAGUCUUCAAUCCCCACGCCGAAUCCCCAUCUCUCCGUCGCACAAGUGGCAUUGACCACAGGCGCUCUGGUCCUGUCCCAAGAGAAGCAGUAAAUAUUCAACCGACGGUGGUGAAUCGUAAUGGACAAUUGUCAAACGGAACCUCAGCUCUGCCUAUGCUGCAGCCGGGCCCUCAAAAUCCAACAGCACGUGCAAAUUUCGUCGACCCCAGAGCAGACACAAAUCGAAGAAUUGGUAUGCCUGGCGGCGCACAAAGUCCAUUGGCGAAUCGAGGCUCAUACAAGCCGCCCGGGCCUGCGACUGGAAUCAAAAGGCCUCCCCUUGUGGACGUCAGCAAUGUAACAGAUGCUGCAGGCUCUAUCGGUGAUCCAAUGGAAUCGAAGAAGGCCAGGGUUGGAGGAGCGUAACGACAGGAGGAGCAACAACCCAACACGUUGCAUGGCGCGAAGGUGUUAUUGGCGCUUACGGAUCAAUAGCGAUAUCUAUAAAUCAACACUUCGAUCUUUUGACAUGACUUAACGUUGCGCAAAUGCAAUUCAAGCACGCUAUAACU